ACAUGUCAGACAUCAAACGGGCCGGAAGUCUUCACGAGUUUUUGUUGGACCUACAUAAACACUUUGGUUCCAUAGCCUCGUUCUGGAUCGGCCGAAAAUAUAUCGUCAGUAUCUCGUCACCGGAACUCUUCAAAGAACAUCAGGGAGUCUUUGAUAGACCUCUAAUCUUGUUUAAAAUGUUCGAGCCUCUCUUUGGGACAAAGUCACUUCUGUUUGGUAACAAAACUGAUGGACGAACAAGACGACAUGUUUAUGAUCAGGCCUUCUCUUUCAACAACAUCAAAAGUUACUACCCAAUCUUCCAGGAUGUGUCUGACGAACUGGCUAAGGAGUGGUCUUCCCUGGUUAAAGAAGAACAUAUUCCGCUGUCAAUCCACAUGCUUGCGUAUGCUCUAAAGGUAGCGCUUAUCACAAUGUUUGGGGAUACAUUUUCCGAUGACAAAGACAUCCUGGAAUUUCAGCGCUGUUACAAUGUUAUCUGGUUCGAGAUGGAAAGGAGAUUGACAGAAAAUGUACCUAAGGAGGGCAGUCCUAGGGCAAAGGCAUUCGACGAAGAACUGAGAAAAACUCAAUCUCUUAUUGCGAAGGUUGUAAAACAGCGUCGUGACAAUCCACCAAUCCAGGGAAAGGAACUGUAUAUAGAUUUUGUUAUUAAACUUUCGGGUGAUGACGACGAGCUUAUCAUAAGUGAUGCCAUCACUUUUGCAGUGGGAGGAUUUCACACAACAGGCAACGUACUUACCUGGGGGUUCUAUUUCCUGGCCACUAAUCCCGAGGUACAGGAAAAGGCGUUCCAGGAAAUAAUAAAGGAACUCCGAAACCAGGAAGUGGAUCAUACCAACGUAGACAGUCUCCCCUACAUGCGACAGAUUAUGGAAGAGAUAUUAAGAUGUGCCGUCAUCGCCCCAUAUGCCGCUCGGUUUCAAGAUUUUGAUUCAGAACUUGGAGGACACAAGAUUCCAAAGAAUACGCCUGUCGUCCAUGCCUUAGGGGUAUCGCUGAAGAAUGAGAAGUAUUGGCCCCUCCCUAAUAAAUUUGACCCGGACCGCUUCAGCCCAGAGAACAUAAAGAAUAGACCGCCUUUGUCGUUCCAGCCAUUUGGAUUUGCCGGAAAGCGUGUUUGCCCAGGAUAUCGGUUUGCCUAUGCAGAGGCAACAGUCUGUCUGGUGACCUUGCUGCGAAAAUUUAAAAUCAGAUUAGUUGAUGACGGUCAAGUGGUCAAUCCCGUUUAUGGACUGGUCACUCAUCCAGAUAAGGAAAUCUGGGUCAAAAUUGAAAAGCGAGAAUGUGUAUAAUCAAUUUCCUUCAAUGGAAACAUACAGAAAUAAGCAGUCAUCAUUAUAGAAAUAUAUCAUGGGUGUCAUGGGUGUCUUCGGCCUCGUGCAGUAGACCGUCCGUCGAGUACUGAGGGUCAAAUAUUUUGGACUAUUGCACAGUCACGCAUGAUAUACUUGUUUUAUUACAUAAUCACUUAACACACUGUAAUCUCGACCGUCCUGUAGGCAUAGAAGUCGCCAAAUUCCCUCAAAAUCCAUUUAUACUUCUUAUCCCAAGUUAUGCUAAUAUAUGAUCAAAUGUUAAGAGUCGGCAAAGAACCAUAUGCAUACCUCUGUAAUUUACAUCGAAUCAGUCCCAUUAAUUAACCCAUCCGAUCGCGACCUCUUAAUGAUACCAAUUUUGUCAAAAUCCAUUCAUAUUUAUUCAAGUUAGCCUUUUCAGUAUGUCCAGUCGUAGGGAAAAUACAAAGGGCCAUUACUCUGAAAGUUACGAUCAAAUCGGCCGCAUGGUUAAACUCAACCUAAUUCCUAUUGAUAUAAGGCUACAUACAUGUACGAGGGAUGAUUGAUAAGUUGUGAGCCUCGUAUUGAAGGAGAUACUCGAGGAUGUUCUUUUUAAGUCCUACUAUUCUCUGACUAUAUAGGGCCGUGUACCCAAGGACUGGUCUCAUUUGGUUAGUUUAUAUCGAUAAGGUAGCACUCUAAAGUAAACAAGACAAGCGUUUUUCGCAAAAUGGACAAAAUCUGUUAGGGUUAAGGUUAGGGUUAGGAUGAAAGAGUCUGUCAUUGCCAUGGCUGUCAUUCAAGAUUGUGACUUUAAAUUGAUCUCGCUCCAUCAGACUUUCAUCUUAUUCCAAAACUGAAAACAGCUAUUUCAGGCAUCCAAACAAUAACCAUAACCCUAACAUGCAGUGGAUGACUUUCUGAACAGCCAAGAAAAGGAGUUAUAUAAAAAUGGCACUGAGGGCCUUUAACACCGCUGGUAAAAGUGUCUAGAUAUUGAAGAGGAUUAUGUUGAAAAAUUAUACAAUAUGUUUGCGGCAAAAUUUAAACCCUUCAAUACGAGGCUCACAACUUAUCAAUUAGCCCUCGUACCAAGUUUCACAAAAAUCUAGACCUGUUGAUAUUUAGGUGAUCGCGCAAAGGCACAUCUAACGCUGUAUUUAGUAGCCCGAGUUUCCUCUUGACCUAACACCUAUACCAGACAUGGAGUCAGGACCAGAGGAAAUUCGGUCUACUCUGUAAGUUACAUUGGAAUCGGUCUGCAUAUUUAUUUUCAUGAAAAUCUCUUUAUACCUAUAUCAACUCAAGGUAUUCAUUAAGUCCAAUGGCAAAAAAAAAAAGCAAAGGGCCA